UCUCCAUCUCUUCUCAACAAUCAUCUGUCUUGCCACUUCUCAUCUUGACCUCCCACCACGCACUCAUGCCCCGACACCCCCACUCAUGAGCGUCAACAGCGCCCUCGUCACCUGGAAUAUCGCCCAGGUCGCCCUCGUCGCGGUCCACGCUUCCUUCGUUCUGAGGCAACCCGCGCCAACAUCGGCGCAGCUCGUGCUUGUUCCCACCCAUGCGCUACUCGCAGUGCUGCUCAGCCCGGGUCUGCUGGCACCCAUCAGUGAUCCCUCGACCCCCAUCACAAAGCCCACCCGCACAAAGAAGAAGCCCACAACUGCACCCUCGUCUCCGUCCCCAUCAACUCCCCGCAAGGCGCCGCGUAUUCUUGCCCCAGACACGCCGCCCAACACUCCUCCGCCAAGAACCCCGCGUCGCAGACCACCAGCCACCCCCUCGAAGCCUCUCUCCCCAUGGCGUCCCACAGUCACACCCCAGCCGUACACACGCGUUCGUCGACGCGCUCUCGCCCCGCCGCCGAAGCCCACCUUGCCCCUCGAGAGCGUCCUCCACUACCUCGACUACCCCUCCCUCCUCACUCUUCGCGCCGUCAGCAAAGAGUACCGCGCGGCGGUGGACGCCCACUUCCAUCGCGCAUUACAGCUCACGCACAUUGGCUCGCGCGCCCACGGUCGUUCCCUCGCGCCGCGGACCUGGGGCCGCAAGCUCCCACGGCUGACACUCCCGCGCUCCCUCUCUCAGGCCUCGCCAGUGCGAGCACUGCACGUUGUGAACGGUGCCGCACCGCUGCGCGUCCUCCGCGGCCUCGAGGUGCUGCGCGUCGGUCCAGUGCAACACGUUACACACCCGGCGCCCACCACCAUCAUUAUGGCGCCGCCAGUAGUGCCUGGCUCAGAGUGGGCUCUGGCGCCGCGUUAUGAGUGGCCCGACCUCGGGGACGGCGUACGCAAGCUCGUCAGCACCAUCCUGUAUACGCACGCGUCGCUCAUUGGGACAGAAGAUGCCCCACACACCCUUCUCCCGCCGCAUGUGUCGGAAGUUGUACUGCACAUUUGCCGAUCAUCAGAACCCUUUCGAUCACCAACUGCUCGCCCAGCCCUAUCCACCCUCUCGCCCAACACAUUUCUUGCCCCUCCCACCCAAUCGGUCAACUCCGUGAAGCCCUCUACCUCGUCUUCAAUCCUCGUCGUGCGACGCCUGCAUGGCCGCGGGCCGAGGCACGUUCUGCGCCUCGCAAGCAACACCUCCCAGCCGCGUCGACGCGAGGGGACGAUCUCAACCGUCCUCCCCAAUGAGCCAGCGUACGAUGGCCAACCGAAGCUGCUCGACGACUGGGCACGCGCCAUCGCCCGCAACCUCCCCGGACGUACUUUCACGCUCGUAGGGACCGAAGCCUGGCACCCUCUCUGGCUGGCCGCUGGCCACUCCGACGGGUGCGAGCGGGGCACAGGUGCGGCGUGUCAGCUUCGCCUUCGCUUCAUGGCCGAAAUCGCACGCCUCGCACGCGCCCUGCAUGACUGGAGCACCGAGGAAACGGCGUGGCGCAUCGAGGAGGGGGUGCGGUUCGCAUCGGUUGCCGAGUACCGCGUUAGCGUGGGCGAUACGCAAUAUGCACUGGAGACGCGGUGGUAGCAGAGUGAUGGGGCGGUUGGGUGGAACAUUGCGCGUUGUUUCCAAUGUAUUGCUAAGGGAGACUCGCUCAUAUGCUUGUAAAUCCAUGUACUGUACACCUACAGAAGUGCCAGGCAGACCCGGCAGGUG